CAUCCCACCCAUCCUCCUCCCCUCAUAUCCUCCUUCUCUCCCACGACACACCAAGCCAGCGACCGACGACGCACCGCACAACCAGCCGACGACAGCCUAGCUAGCGACCGCACAUCGACCGACCAGCGAUCGCCGGAGUCCGGCCGAAGCAGCUUGCGAGCUCAAGCAACGCGCGCACGCCGAUGUCGACGAGCUCGACCAACUCCGCCGAGUCCCCGGCCGUUUCCGGCCUCGACUACGACGACACCGCCCUCACCCUCGCCCUCCCCGGCUCCUCCGCCGACGACCGCAAGCGCGCCCACCACGACGAGCAAGACAAGCCUCCCUCUCCAAAAGCGCGCGCUGUGGGAUGGCCGCCGGUGCGGGCUUACCGACGCAACGCGCUGCGCGAGGAGGGCGCCUGCAAGCUCGUGAAGGUGGCCGUGGAUGGCGCCCCCUACCUGCGCAAGGUGGACCUCGCCGCGCACGGCGGGUAUGAAGCCCUGCUCCGCGCGCUCCACGGCAUGUUCGCCCCGUGCCUCGCCGUCCGUGGCGAAGGCGAGCUCGGGAGCAGGCUCGUGGACGCGGCCACCGGCGCCGAGUACGUGCCCACCUACGAGGACAGGGACGGCGACUGGAUGCUCGUCGGAGACGUCCCCUGGAAAAUGUUCGUCGAGUCCUGCAAGCGGAUCCGACUCAUGAAGAGCUCCGAGGCCGUCAACCUAGCUCCAAGACCAUCCUCCCAAUGAUCAGUAGACACGGUUGAUCUGUCCGAGUUUGAUUUCAAAAUGUGUGCAAUGGAAGAGGCUUGGCUGAUCAGGUCCUCCAUGUACCUAUACAGUAGGAUAUAAGCAUAUACCAGUGUGAUGUACUGUACUUGUCAAGUAGUUUUUGUUCUUAGUUUCCUGGCUUCUUCAUGUUCGCCGUUUCUGCAGGCAGCGGCCUUGUGGAGUAGUGUUUGUCGGCAAGGGACAUAUCACAUCUGCACGGUACAUGUUGGUGCUGUUGUUGUUAGACUCUUGUGCCUUGCUGCACUGUAUGAUCACGAGAUAUACGAGUACAAUCUCUGUCAUUUCUUUC